AUGUCGGACGUGGAGCAGGCGCAGCCUGAUCCGGACACCGUACCAUUAACAUUCGAUAACAAAGUCGGCGGAACUCCUUUGAAUCAUCAAUAUAAUGGGCCCUACAAGGUUUCAGAGCACAUUCUUUGGGCACCACGGAAGCUCAGGGUUGCUUGCAUCGGUGCUGGAGCUUCUGGACUGACCCUGUGUUACAAGAAAGAGAAGGAGUUUGGCGAGAGCAUUGAUCUCGUCGUAUACGACCAGGAGAUUCAGAAGUACUAUCAAUCCUUUGCCGAAGAGUGCGGCUUCGUUGAAAAGUACAUCAAACUACGCCAUGAGGUCGUGCAGACGACCUGGAACGAAGAGACCAGCCAGUGGAUCCUGGACAUUGAUGAGCUGCUUGACAAUGGCGAAAAAAGACGGUUCCAAGACAAAGUUGACUUUCUAGUCGCCAGUAUCGGCAUCAUGAACACCUGGAAAUGGCCAGACAUUCCCAACCGGGAAGCCUUCAGAGGCAAGAUGAUGCAUUCAGCAGCGUACGAUACGUCUGUGAACCUGAAGGACAAGUCGGUCAUAGUAAUUGGCUCCGGAGCUUCCGCCGUACAAAUUGUUCCUGCGAUUCAACCAGAUGCGAAGAAAGUGACAUCUUUCUAUCGCACGCCGCAAUGGGUCAGUGGUGGUGUACCCCUCGAGGGCUACACGGAAAGCGGCCAGAACUUCUCGUAUACGAAAGAACAGAUUGAAGCAUUUCAAAACGACCCAAAGCUUCAUCUAGAACAUCGCAAGAAGAUGGAAGACAGCAUCAUCAAAGGGUUCCCCUUUAACAUUCUUAACCACCCUAUCCAAACUUUUGGCCGCGAGGCGGCUCUCACCUAUCUCUGUAGGGUGAUUCGGAAGAUCCAAGUCGACAAUAUUCGAUCGAUCGACGUCAAGGCUGAGGUUCUGGAAGAAUAUAACGAGCACGUACACGAAUGGCUGAAAAGAAGUGUUUGGGCUGGUGGCUGUCGCUCUUGGUACAACCAAGGGAAGCCAGACGGGAAGGUUAUCGCCCACUAUCCUGGCUCCCUGGUUCAUUGGCGCUUGAUGACGAACCAGCCCAGAUGGGAGGACUACAACAUCAAAUAUCGAAGUCGAAACCGAUUUGAAUUCAUGGGUAACGGGUUCACUGACAUUGAGGUGGACAACAAAGACGUGUCCUGGUAUUUGAACCCCGAGGAGAUUGAGAAGCCAUUGUUCACUUCUUUGAAUCCUGUCUAG